AUGACAGCCGCUUACACCAUGAUCAUUUGGAAACUGUGGGUUAACAAGGUUCCUGGUGAGAGAAGUCAGGCUAAUAUCACUGUCCAGCACAAAGCCAAGAAAAAGGUAAUUAAACUUGUCACCGUGGUAUUGGCAGCCUUUAUUUGUUGUUGGAUGCCAUUUCAAGCCAUUGUCCUCUACUCUCAGUUUGGACAUUUCAGUAGUAUCAGUGGUGAGCUUCCUGAUUGGUUCCCUCUUCUUAAUUACUUCGCAACAUACAUUGCUUAUUCAAACAGUGCUAUCAAUCCCAUCAUUUAUGGAAGCUUCGGUACUAACCUGCGACAGGGAUUGUGUGCUGUUCUCUUUUGCAAGAGAUCAGUUACUUCACAGAACAAACCCGGAUCCCAGCGGACUAGAACUACAAUUGCUUCGGGAAAACCACUUGGGUCAUUUCACAGCAGAAGAUUCGCUAACACCACCGGACAAGAUCAGAACAGAAUUAUUAAUAGCAAUACUGACCAAGUUUAUUUUCUGACAAAUAAUGAGAACUAUAUAGCUGAUCCCCAUAUUCUUCUUAGUUCAGGCCCUUCAAUCGAAACUUUACCAAAUAACUCUCUAUUUAACGAUAACGAACACAGGUUUUAA